AUGGCAUUGAGCGAAAACUGCAAAACGCAACCUGCAAAAGAACAAGGCUCAGUGCAAAAUCCUCCAUCGGAUGUUAUUGAGCUAAACGUGGGUGGGCAGGUGUAUUACACUCGUCUUGCCACCUUGACAAGCUUCCCAAAUUCCUUACUUGGGAAGCUGUUCAACAAGAAAGGGUCUUCAAAUGACUUGUCCCGGGACCUUAGAGGACGCUAUUUUAUUGACAGAGAUGGUUUUCUGUUUCGGUAUGUAUUGGAUUACCUUAGAGACAAGCAAGUUGUCCUCCCUGACCACUUUCCCGAGAGAGGAAGGUUGAAAAGAGAGGCGGAAUACUUCCAGCUGCCAGAUUUGGCCAAACUUUUGUCAUCCGAGGAGUCAAAACUCUUCCCGGACGACUUGUACUACAGUGAUUUCGACGACGUGUCGCAAGGCAGCGACCCGAGGUUUUAUCCCUCUCACUCCUUUGACAGGGGCUACGGCUACAUCACGGUCGCUUUCAAAGGCGUUUGCGCCGCGAGAGGCAGAGAAAGUCAAACUGAUUCCAAGACCAAAAAGUUACCGAGAAUCUUCAUUAGCAGCAGAAUUAGUUUGGCGAAGGAGGUUUUUGGAGACGCCCUGAAUGAGAACAGGGACACGGACAGACCGCCGGACCGGUACACUUGCAGGUUUUACCUCAAGUUCAGGCACCUGGAGAGAGCUUUUGACAUGCUGUCAGAGAGUGGCUUUCACAUUGUGGCCUGCAACUCGUCCCUGACUGCGUCCUCCAUCGGUCAUUACGCGGAUGACAGGGUCUGGUCCAAUUACGCACAGUACAUCUUCUACCGUGGGCCGUCUCGGUGGUCGUCCUCUCACUGUGACUGCUGCUGCAAGAGCCACAAAAGCGAGCGCGAGGGAGAGAGCGGCACUUCCUUCAACGACCUCUCCACUUCCUGCUCCGAGACCCAAUCGGAGGCCAGCUCCCCUCAAGGGACCGUGAUCUGCGGGCCCGUGAGCCGACAGUCCAACAUCCAGACGCUGGACCGGCCCAUGCCCAAAGGACCGGUUCACAUGCUGCAGCAGGCAGAGAUGCGCCGCAAGACUGACAUGCUCCGUGUGAGAACCUUCGGCGUCCGCGAACGAGAGGCCGCAAAGAGGAAAGCGAACAAGGAGAAGAUGACUCCAGAGCAGGAGCUGGAGAAAUGCAUCCAGGACUUCCGGCGCAUUAGGAUUCCCGAUCGCUUUCCAGAGAGGAAGUACAUGUGGCAAUCAGAGCUCCUGAGAAAGUACCGUCUCUAAAUAUGAAGAGAAGCAAAAGAAGUGGUACUGCAGUAUCAUGCCGCCACCACCAAUGAAGAGUAUUAAACUGCAUAGGCAAUACACUGCACCCUCUAAGACACAUACUGUACUAGAACAAAAAAAAAAAACUGUGGCCACUUUUCUGCCGGGAUGACUAGCGAAGCACACACAGUAAAAGGCAGUGUGAGUCAUUGACUUGUAAAGUAUAUGCACAGUGUUGUGUGUCAUAUGCACAUGUGUAAAUCAGGUUACUCCUGUCGGGGCUUACAUCGCACUUCCCCGUUCUCACCUCAGAGAACCGAGAGGAGGGAAAAGGCUACAACAUCACCAACAACAUAGCAACCUCAGGGGCAACAUCAUUUCAGUUCAUCGACCAAUCACAUACUGUACGUGCAAAUGCCCACAAUAGCUGUUUUUUAAAUGGAUGUACCCAGAAGGUGCUGUGAGAUAGCAAAGAAUUAUCACUAUACCACAUCGAUAACACGUAUACUUAUAGUACGCUUCGAUAACGGCACUGCAUGUCAUUUCACCCUUAGCAUACUUAUGCAAUAUCAAACAAAGUUUCGAUUCACCGUUUCGUGUGAUGGGUAAAAAUGAUGCGUCAUGACUGAGGCUGAUGAGGAAAGCACUGCCUAGAUCUGUUUGCCAUUGUGAAACUUUUUGUCUAAUGUUGUCAUUAUGUGUUGGAUAGAUGAUGUUGUGUAGGUAGAGUAUAUAAUGACAAUGGAUAUUGAUCUAAUCCUUGAUUGUAAGUGUGCAAAAAAAAUGUCAAUAAAUGGGUUAGAAUUAUACGUAAUCACAGUGAA